AUGUCUAGUGAUCAUGAAAACAAAAACUCAAUCUCAAACUCCACCGUUGAUGCCAAAGACUACCUCAAGAUCGUCCCAAACCCGGACGGCACCAUCACGCGUCUCUUCCAAUUUCCAAGCACCCCCACCGCACCGGAUCCUACCACCAACCUCUCCCCAGUCCUCACCAAAGAUGUCCCACUUAACCCGACCCGACAUACAUGGAUCCGGAUCUUCUUGCCUUCUCAAGCAAUGCAGAAUCAUCCCACCACCAAAAAACUCCCUCUUGUCGUGUACUACCACGGUGGUGGCUUCAUCUUGUUAAGCGCCUCUUCUUGUAUGAACCACGACUUUUGCUCCAAAAUGGCUGCCGAGUUCGCCGCCGUUGUCGUCUCUGUUGACUACCGCCUCGCUCCGGAGCACCGCCUUCCUGCGGCGUAUGAAGACGCCGUGGAGGCUUUGCACUGGAUGAAAUCCGCUGAAGAAACAUGGCUGCGCGAGUUUUGUGAUGUUUCCUCGUGUUUUCUGAUGGGCACUAGCGCCGGUGGAAACAUAACCUACCACGCUGGACUACGUGCAUCCUCAGCCGUUGAUGAGCUUGCGCCGUUGAAGAUCAGAGGGCUGAUAUUGCACCAUCCUUUCUUUGGCGGGGUCAGGAGGACGGCCUCCGAGGUGAGGUUGGCCAACAACCCGAUUUUGCCUCUCAGUGGCAGCGAUCUGAUGUGGGAGCUGGCGUUGCCGAUUGGGGUUGACCGUGAUCACGGGUAUUGCAAUCCAAAGGACGAUGAUAAAAGUUGCGAGAAUUUUGAUCGGAUCAGAGUGAUGGGGUGGCCGGUGUUGGUGAUUGGCUGUGAUGGAGACCCUCUGAUUGAUCGCCAAGUGGAGUUUGUGGAGACGUUGAAGAAGAAGGGAGUUGCGGUAGUGGCUCAGUUUCACCAAGGAGAUUACCAUGGAGUGGAGCUAAUGGAGUUGAGUAAAGCCAAGGAAUUGUUUGUUUUGGUCAAAGAUUUCAUACAAUGUAACAAUUAG